AUUCACAGCACUCCGCAUCAGCACUUUGUGCUGUGCAGACCCCGGUCAGGGAGCGAGGGGCCCCAGAACAACCGGGGGAGGGGGGUCAAGAACCUGCCGAGCCUCCUGCAGAACCGCCCAAAGGAGGAACACCCGAGAGCCCAGCUUUGGCGUUGGUUGCUGGAGGCUCCGUGGAGUGGAGUGAAUGUGUCUCUGAGCCUAAGAAAACCCCUUGCCCAGCAUGCCUCUUGCAGGAACCCCGGCUCCCAACAAGAAGAGAAAACCAACUAAGCUCAUUUUAGAACUAACCCAAGAAGUCAUGCCACAAGAAGGGUCCAAGCUGAACCUGGGGAAGAAGAUCAGCACCCCCAAGGACGUGAUGCUGGAAGAGCUCUCUCUCCUCACCAACAAGGGAUCCAAGAUGUUCAAGCUUCGCCAGAUGAGGGUGGAGAAAUUCAUCUAUGAGAACAAUCCAGAUGCCUUCAUGGACAAUUCUGUGGACAAUUUUCAGAGGUUCAUCCCAUCUGGCGGGGGACAUUAUGGAGUUGAUGCUCAGAGUUACUCGCACAGUGGUGGAAGGAUGGUGAGCAACAUAACUGUUGGGCCAUAUGGAUCCAGUAAACUGCAGUUCCCUCCCAACCCUCCUCCAAAGCCUGGCAGCAAAGGCGGACCCGGAGGAACAGGAGUCGGGGGAACUGGAACCAGCCACCCUGAGGGAACUGCCGGCACAGGGGGCGGAGUAGACGGAGAAGGAAAGGAGAGCUCUGGCGGAAAAGGCGACAGUCAGACCGGGAGCGGGAAACAUCUCUCCAUUUUCAAAACCUACAUCUCUCCCUGGGAAAGAGCGCUCGGCAUCACCCCUCAGGAAAAAAGUGCACUCACCAUUGACUUCUUAUCAUACGGCACCAAAGGAGAUCUCUGCCAUUACAAAUCUUUUAACAGGACUGCAGUUCCUUUCGGGGGGUACGAGAAGGCGAUGAAGCUCAUGACCUUCCAGAUGCCCGAGUUCGAAGCCGCCCCCGCCCCCGAACCUGUCGUCGUGUAUAAUCAAGAAGUUACUAACAGACCUUCGUUCAACAGAACCCCAGUUCCUUGGCUGGCCUCAGGGGAACCUGCAGAAUUCUGCGUUGAGGUGAACGUGCCAGUGGCAGGCGAAACGGAGGAGUUAUAGCCCACCCCCCAUCCUUUCUACCAAACUUGCCCACUUGCAAGUCAGGAGGAAUUGAAGAAUGCGCUUCCGGGUUCAGAGAUCCCUCCACUCUCGGCCCUUAGAACAGCUGUGCUCCCAGUAGGUUCUAACAUAACUUUGCUGUGGUUUUUUUAUCCAUAUCAGAGGUAGAAGAAGGAGAGUGAGCAAAUGAAUGAAUGUGAGAGAAAUGGCACAUUUAUUCACCCACCAAGACAGAAAGACAGCCUUAGGAACGUCCCGAGAUACUAAACGCUACCUUCCUGCUCUGUACUUGAUCCUUUUCUGUCAUUUGGCAAAAAGAAAUAAAGCAUCUCAAAAGUAAA